AAAUAAAAUAGAAAAAACAAAACUGCGGUGGCCCGUUUGGUGAAAUUUCAUCGAUUCGGCCGAGCGGAGAAGAAUCAAAUCAAUAAACUCUCUCGUAUCUAUUCUAGGGUUAGGGAUUUUCUGCGCCAAGAGCAUAGAUUAGAACCACAGCAGGGUAUCGAGAAAUGUCGAAGAAGAACAAUUUGUCCAAGAGAAAGAAACAGUAUGAGUUCGAGCUGCAGAGAGAAAAGGAGGAGAGGGAGAAGCAGAAGAAGAAGCUCCAAGCAAAGAAGAACAAGAUGAAAGUUGAUGGUAGUGGGAAGACGAAGAAGAAGAAAGGUAGUAGCGGGUUUCAGGUUGGGAAGAAGAAGAAGAAGUUGAAGACCAAAUUGACUGCAACUGCAAAAGCCAAAGCUGCUCAGGCCAUGGAGCUUGACAAGUAGGAAGAGAAAGAAAAAAAAACGAACUUUAUGUACUGUGAGGCUGAAGGCCAACAAGCUAAGGUUCAUCAUCAUCUAUGUUUGUUGCGGCUUGGUUUAUAUUCGGAAUAUCAGGUUGCAAUUCCCAAACGAGCUAGCUACUGCGUAAGAUUGUUAGUCAAAGUUCAGGAUUUCCGUGUUUUCAAAACUUGCAAUUCUUAGCUAGGUUCUGGUUUCUCAGUUGAGCUUGGUAGUGCUUCCCUUCUCCUUCAUGACAGAACCCUAGAAACAUUGCAUUUUCCCUCGCAACAGUGCGAUUGCGAGAUUUAGCAAAUCUCAUUGCAGUUUUUCAUCCAGAUAUGCAGCGAUUGUAAUCCAGGGUCUGAGAUUGUUAGUCGUUCUUUUAGAAUUUUGUUGAUUUACUACUCCCAAUUCCGAGGGGUUGGAAGUUGAGUUGUGCACGAGGUCGUUCUACUCUUUCUCCUUGCUG